AUGUCUGCAGCUGCUUCGACAAGUACAAAAUUGACAGUCGCUCCAACCGUCGACCCGUGCCCUGAUUGCAACCCUGCUACCUCCAGCAUCCUCUUCGUGAUCGACCAGAGCAGUAAUAACAAAGGAUUCGACCAAAUGAAAGACGUCGUCGUGAAACUCGCCCAGCAAAUGAAUCAUCCUGAACGCAUCGCUAUCGCUUCCUACUCAAAAACGCUGGUUGUCGUUGCACAAUACGGCGAUCUGAGGAAGAUCGAAGAUGUUGCCGCAGACUUGGCCUCGGUCUACAUCGACGAAAGGCCGGAGAAUAUGACAACCGCUAUCAAAAGAUGCCUUGACAACGACUUCAAGCCGAAGGCUCCGUUUACAACGCAGCAUACGAUUUUCUUCACCGCUUCAACAAACAACGACGACGUGAACCAAGCUCAAGAAUCCGCGCGUACCCUUGGAAUGAUGGGAUCGUUGACACCGAUUUCGGUCAUCAAUACCCUGGAAGAACUCUCUCAUCUCGCCUACCCCCCACAGAACGCCAUCUAUUGGGACGACAUCACGACGGGAGACCAGGUUGUGGAUGUGCUGAUGCGACAGCUUGGAAUGCCGCCUCUUUCGACCACCACUGGCACCACGGCCCCGACCACAACACCCGGUUUUUGCCCCGAUUGCGUGCCAGCAGCUGAAAACGUCCUCUUCCUCUUCGAUACGUCGGCACUGAACCAGAACAUGCUGGCCACGCAAUCGGCUGUUCGCGAGCUCGUGACGGGGUGGAACCACUUUGAACGCGUGGCAUUCGGCGAGUUUGGGUCCAUUUUGUUAACGAAAGCCGGGUACGGCGAGAUUGUGGAUCUCGAAAAGGCUUAUGAACUUGUUGAUGAUUUGGACACGAUCACCGGGGAUGUCAAUCUUACCUAUGCGCUCAUCAUGGCCGACAAGGUCUACAAACCGAAAACAGAGUAUGGAAUCCAGAGAACGGUCGUGCUCACCCAGGCCAACUCGAUCCUCGACAUCGAAUCAGCACUACCAGCCGCCCAAACCUUCCAAGCCAAAGGCAGCUUGACGAUCGUGGCGCUGCCCGGCGGCGCUCAUCAACUUGCCAAUCUGGCCUCGCCGAAUAUGUACUUCAACUGGCUGGGCCAGGAGCUGGACCCGCUGUUUUGUGGGAUCCUCAGCUUCCUGAAGACAAAUUUGGGCGACCCUUCGGUCUCGCCAACCUGCGGAACCCCAGCGCCAGACUGUGCGGACUGUGUGCCUGGCAGUGAGAACAUCUUAUUGCUUUUUGAUACUUCUGAGGGAAAUUAUAUGUUCUCUGACAUGCAAGCAGCAAUCCGUAACGCCACAUCCACUUGGAAUCACUUUGAACGCGUUGCCAUCGGCGAGUACUCGAACCUCCUCCUGACACAAGCCAUCUACGGGGAGCUGGAGGGCUACAGCGAUUUCCUUUACCGCAUCGAUGACCUGAACCGGUUGACCGGACAAGCGAAUAUGGCGACCGCUCUCGAAAAGGCAGCUGAAACCUACCAGCCACUGCUCGAGUUCAGCAAGCUCGACUUGCAGAGGACCAUCUUGUUUACAUCAACCAGCAUCGGCGUCGAUGAUGCUCUGGUCCCAGCAGCAGCAUUGAAACAGCUUGGACUCGUCGCCGUCGUUGGCCUCGGCGUUGACGCCGCUCCUCUUCAACCCCUAGCUUCCGCGCCCGACUUGGCACUAUCAUGGCAGGGCGACCAACAAGCACUCGUCAGCUUCAUCCAGCAAGCCCUCGCGUACCCACACCACCACAGCGGCUUCUACCACACAGAGUACAACAACUACCUCGGCACAGGCGACGAGUGGUUCGGCUACAUCCAAGACAUAUUACGAUACCUGGCCGCCGAGUUCAACCACUGCGAGCGAAUCGCGAUGGGCGCCUACGAUUCGACAAUCUACAGUCACCUGAAUUUCAACGAAGAGGACUGCACCCGCUUCGGUGACUGGAUGGACGACCUGGAUUAUGGCGGAGAUGUCCGGAACCUUACCGUGGCCCUGGAGUCGCUCUUCGACGCCACGGUCUUCAACCCUGUCUCCAAAUUUGGGCCCACGCGGGUGGUGAUCUUCACAGGAGCCACUGAAGCGGAAACCACCUUGGCUUUACCUUCGGCUCAGAAAGUCAAAGAUCAAGGGACACUAACGAUUGUCGGGUUGGAGACGUCGAUUGACAUAAUUCAGCCCCUGGCGUCGCCUGGAUUUGCCUACGCUUGGACGGAUGUCGAUAAGUUCGCGCAGGUCAAGGCAUUUGUUGUCAAGACGCUGACGGACCCAGCGCCGGGACCAGCAACUACCGGCAGCCCUAUAGCUACCACACCCGGCUUUAUGUGCGAUGACUGUUACCCCCAGGCUGAAAACAUUCUGAUUCUGAUGGAUGGAUCUUAUAAAAAUCAACUGUUCGGCUACACUAAAGGUAUCUUGAUGGCCCUGGCCGAGGAGUUCAACCACUGCGAGCGAAUGGCGAUGGGCGCAUUUGCCUUCACGAUCUACGGCCACGUUGAUUUCAACGGAGAGGAUUGCCUCGCUUUCCUCGGAUGGCUAGACAGCCUGAACUACGGCGGAGACGAGGGCAACCUCACGGCCGCCCUGCAGUCUGUAUUCGACCGUAAAUACUUCAACCCUCUCGCCAAAUUUGGACAAAUCCGAGUGGUUGUCUUUACAAACGCCGCCGAAGACGACGUAACCCUGGCCCUACCGUCUGCUGAGAAAAUCAAGGCUCAAGGCACCCUGACGAUCAUCGGGUUGGGGACACCUCUCCAGCUGAUCCAACCGUUGGCUACUCCCGGAUUUGCCUACUCGUGGAGCGAUCAUACAAAAUCCGGCGAGGUGAAGGCGUUCAUCAUCGACACGCUAAAUAACCCGAAUCCUGGAGUGACGACAAGUUCCGCAGCUACCUCGCAGAAGCCGACGAAACUCUUGAUGAAGUUCCCCGAGGAGUUCAACCACUGUGAGCGGAUUGCGAUGGGAGCCUACGACUCGAAAAUCUACGGUCAUGUCGACUUCGAUAGGGACGAUUGCCUCCGUUUCGACCAAUGGAUUGACAACUUGGACUACGGUGGCGAAGAGGCGAACCUGACUGUGGCAUUGGAAUCGCUGUUUGAUCCGAAACUCUUCAAUCCUGUAUCCAAGUUCGGGCCCACUCGAGUGGUCAUCUUCACCAAACCCACUCAAGCAGAUGUCACUGCGGCUUUACCUUCCGCCGAAAAAAUAAAGGCUCAGGGUACACUGACGAUUAUCGCGUUGGGAACUCCGGUUGAGGUCGUACAGCCAUUGGCAACCCCCGGUUUUGCCUAUUCUUGGACUGAUGGCGAUAAAGCCGAGCUGGUCAAGGCUUUCGUUAUCAAGACAUUGACGGACCCGGCACCUGGGGCCACUACAACGACAAGUCCGGCAACUACAGCCUACCACUGCGACGAUUGCAACCCCGCCCAAGCUAACAUCCUCUUCGUCUUUGAUGUUUCCUAUAUAGCAAGGAAAGUUAGAAGCCAAGUCGAGCUUGCAAAAUACUUGGCCGUGAACUGGAACUACCUGGAGCGAGUGGCCUUGGCUGAAUACUCAUCCGACCUCUCGAUUCUAGCAGAAUAUGGACAGAUGACGCUUUACGAGGACUUCCUCGAAGCGCUUUCCUACAUGGCACCAAGUCAAGACCCUGAGAACAUGACUCGUGCCCUAGAAAAGACGCAACAACUCUACCACCCAAUUUCAAAGUACGGGAAGCAAAAAGUUGUAUUCUUCACUGGGUCCGUAAAUCAAGCUGAUAUCGAUUCGGCGGUUGGGCCAGCGCAGCAACUACAAGCGCUUGGUGAAGUCGCGGUCGUCGGAUUGGGGCUAGGGUUGGAAGAUGCGGAAAAGCUACAGCUGCUAGGGAACUACGUCUACGCUUGGGAGAAUUUGGACGAUGUGAUGGCGGUCGGGCGCUGGGUUGACGCGCUUUUGGGUGGGACUCUCCCUACGCAAUCACCAGCGACGACCGGGUCAACGUCAGGCCCUACCACGCCAUUCCGCUGUGAUGACUGCAACCCAGAAUCUUCAAGCAUACUUGUCAUCGUCGAUCGCUCGCUAGCAAAUCCCGGAUUUGCGCAGCAAAUGGCGAUGCUGAAGGAGCUAACGUCCGAUUGGACUCACUGGGAGCGCAUCGCACUUAUGGACUAUGGACCCUCAGCCAACCUCGCAGCCGAUUUCGGGGAUCUGCAUAGCUAUGACGACUUUACACAUCUCCUCGACCUCACACCACCCUAUGGAGAACACGAAAACAUCACAAACGCACUGAAAGCGGCCAAUAGCACUCCUAUUUUCGAUCCAAAGUUUGGGGAGAUGAAGGUGUUGUUCUUCUCGGCCUCGAACGACGCAGCUGACGUGAAAGCAUCCCAACCCUACGGCGAAAGUUUGCAUCGUCUCGGCGAAGUCAUCGUCGUCGGUAUUGAUCUGGUGGAAGAGGAGCUGAGGCCGUUUUAUGUUUAUGUCAACUACGCUAUUCCAUGGACGUAUCUUGACGAUUUCAGCUAUGUAAUGGAAAGGAUCGAUCAUGCUUUGAGAGGUAGCGAGCCGACCACGACAGAAUAUACUGGGCCUACAACGACAAAAUACAUCUGCUCCGACUGCAAUCCGACCAGCUCGAGCAUCCUGAUCAUCAUCGAUGAGGGCGCGAGUCAAGACGCCUUUAAACUAACGCAAGCCGGUCUCACGCUCGUCGCUGCCAAUUGGAACCACUUUGAGCGAGUGGCUAUCAUCUCAGCCCUCAAAUAUGCAGCCGAAAAGAUUGAGCCGGUGCCGAGAUUUGGGGAGCAACAAACCUUACUUUUCACAACUUCCAACAACCGGGCCGAUGUCGCUAGCGCGAAACCAUACGCCGAAGCGCUCUACGGACGGCUAAUCGUUGUUGCGUUGGGGAUGGGUAUAUCGCAAGCGGACGUUUUUGCCGAAAUUGCGGAUGAAAUUGUGGCUGAGACAGACUUGAAUGAUAUCGAGGGGUUGGCUGCGGACCUGGACGAUGUGUUGCAAGGCCACUUGCCAACCACCACCGCCGUUCCAACGACCUCAAAAGCAACUCGUCCCUCUACUGCAACAGCUACUGGUAACACAGCAACAACCACAUUCACGAACCGUUGCCCUGAUUGUAACCCACCCGGAAAUCUGCUCCUACUCUUCGACACCUCAGCCCAAAAUUCGGCGUUCAUCAAGCAAAUGGAAGCCGUCGAAGGCGUUGGAUCGAGGUGGAAUCACUUUGAGAGAGUGGCGUUGGCCGGCUAUAAUAACGUUACAUUCUCCACUACGCAAUAUGGUGACCUCCAAUCGCUGGAUGAUUUUGACAACAAAAUCGGGUGGAUCGCAAGGAUGUCGGGAACGAGUCCGAACUUAACCCUAGCACUCUCCCAAGCCCUAACCACCUUCCAACCAGAUCCAAGCUAUGGCCAGCAGCAUGUCAUUCUCUUUACGGAGACGAACAACAACGGUGACAUUGCUGAUGCGAUCCAAGCUGCCAAGGAGGUGAAGAAGCUCGGCCCAUUGACCGUGGUGGCAUACUACCCCGCCAGCGAGCUGUACGAGUACCUCGCAUCCCCCGACAUGUACAUUCAGUGGACGGGCGAAACGGUAGAUGAUAUUGUGGAUGCGGUGGAGAAGACGAUAGGUUAUCAAGGCCCUAGUACUCCUGCUGGAAUGACAACGGAACCUACCACUGCGUCAAGUUCGGCAAGUACCGGUGCCUCCACGACAGUUCAAACUAUGCCUCCGAGCACGACAACAACGGUUCCAGUAUGCCCCGACUGCUACCCGUCAGCUGGCGAUAUACUAUUAGUGCUUGAUGAGUCAUUAUCCGACAAACCGUUCCCAACCUUCUUUUUCACCCUCUUCAUGAAGCUCACCAACUCGUGGAAUCACUAUGAACGUGUUGGAGUUGUCGGCUAUUCGACGGGUGAUGCUGAUUACCAAGUUCACGCCGACUACGGGAAGCUUCGGAACCAAGAUCAGCUGUUGACGCUCGUUUCGGAGUUGCAGCCGCAUGGGGAUAUGACGAAUUUGACGAGCGCCUUCCAAAACACGGCCCUCAAGUUCAGUCCAACGGCACCUUACCAUAACCAGAAAGCUGUAGUGUUCACUUCGACUACGCUCCGUGACAUUAGUGGGAGUUCAGGUCGAUCAGCCGAGGUGGACAUUGCUUGUCGGCGGAUACAUGGAGCGUCUUGCUGUACGACGAGGUGGGCUCCAGAGUGCGCACCGAAAAAUUGUUUCAAAUACAUCCAGCGCUAUUGCCCAGAUCGACGGGCAGCUUUUGGCCGCAAAAUCUUGAAGAAGGGCAGUGACAUUAGAAGAUCACCAACGCAUGAUGAUACCGCAAAGUGCGGUACAGCCGAGAAGAACUACCAGCCAUGCACGACAAAGAAGAUUGCCAACAAGCUCUUCCGGUCUUGCUGCGAGCUGUACGUUCCUGAUGAGUGUCAUUUUAUGUGCGAGUACGAGACGGAUCAGAUGAAGACGAGGAAAAUGUUGAUCGACAUGGUGAAGCACAAGAGGUGCUCGAUCAAGUAUCUGUCGUCGAUCCUGUACUGCGCCUCGCAGAAUCGGGACAACCGGAAGUGCUGUGAGGACUUGGAUUUGAAUGCGCCGCAGCUUCAGAUCGGUUCGCGCUGCCUAAGAAUGUGCGACCCCUCGGGAACCGCUAUCGAAAAAAUCACAAAGGAAGACAACUGCCCCAAGCAACAGCAGAUCAUCUGCGCCCACUCGAUCCAGCGUCAGGGCGUCUGCGUCUGCAACGAGGGCCUCUACAGAGCUCGCAAUGGAAACUGUGUCCUGCAAGGAUUGUGCCCAUUGGGACGCCCCGGUCACGGCAAG